AUGAAUAACGCAGCAGAAAUCCUAAAGUCAGUCCAGAUUGGUUUGGAUGUCGCCAUAUUUCUCCUUAACACUGAUCGUGGCCUACAAGCGACCGAGUUAUGUAAUGAAUGUUUAUUUCUACUUCACAAACUUGACUCUGGUAUUGACCUUGAUCAUGAUAUCUCUGAUGUAUUAUUCAAUGUGUUCUACGCCACCUCUGGUUACACAAAUGCAGCACGAUACACCACAAAACUUAUUGACAAGUUUUUCCUCGCUGGAGAACUAACCAUACAACUGGGAGACAAAUACAAGGCAAAAUGUUGGUUUGCAGAGGCAAAGCAACUUUGUAAAAGCGCUCUUACCAUCAUGAAAGCGAUUGGCCACCGUAGAGAAGAGGCAGUGGCUUACGCGAGACUUGGAUCUCUUUGUUUAAUCCUCAGCGAGUAUCUAAAGAAGGCCAAAGAAUAUUCCGAGAAAGCAAUCGCCAUCGCAAAAGAAAUAGGAGACAGAGGAAAGGAAUGUUCAGGAUACUUAGCCCUUGGAAACGUUUACUGCAGCCUUAGGAAAUAUCGUCAAGCUAAAGAAUAUUUCGACAAAGCACUCAGCAUCAGUACAGCAAUUGGACAAAGAAUAAAUGAAGGAUGCGCUUCCGCAGGUUUGGCAGCAGUGUUCGCUUUUAUCAAUGACAAUCAGAAAGCAAAAGAACAUUAUCAGAAGGCGCUCACCAUCAGCAAGGAAUGUGGCGAUAAAGCUCUGGAAGGACAAAUUUACCUCAACCUCGGAAAUCUAUCUAGAUCGCUUGGUGAAUGCGACGAGGCAGAAGAUUACUUAGAGAAGGCUCGCUCCAUAAGCAGUAGAAUUGGAGACAUACUGACUGAGUUUCAAAGCCUUCUCAGCAUCACACAGUUAAAGGUAUCGCAGUCACAGGUUGUGGAGGCAAAGGAACAUCUCCUUCAAUCUUGCUUUGCAAUACUGGCAAAUUUCAAGACGCUCUUUAUGUCGAGGAGCUGGGACGAGCGAGAGUCCUCGUAG